AUGAUCAAGGAGCACCGCGCGGACCAGAUGGCCGCAAUCAGGGAGGCCCUCGAGGGCCCCGUGGUAGAGAUCGGGCGGGCGCAGCGGCUUCAGGCGGAGCUGCAGCAGACGCAGCAGCUGCAGAUGCCGCAGCUGCAGGGCUCCGUGCUGGAGAUCCGCCAGGCCGCCUCGGAGGCCGCCGUGCCCGUGGCGAAUGGACCCGGCAGGCGAGAAACGCGCCUGCAGGACGCGCGGCCCCAGUCGACGCCCCCGCCGCCAGACGGCGCCUCGCGGGCGACGCCGCCCGAGGCGCCGCCGCCGCCGGGCGGCUCCCCGCAGGCGGGGAGCGCGCUCGCCGCGGAGCUGGGCGACGCGGUGCGCGCCGCGGUGCGCGCCGCGGUGCGCGCGGAGCUGGGCGAGCUGCUCGCGGAGGGCGGGCCCCUGCGCGGCGCCCUGCGGAGCGAGGCAGAGGCCGCGUCGGGCAGCUGCGGCUGCUCGCCGUGCCGGCGCAGGACCUUGCAGCCGCUGCCUUCAGAUCUGGCAGGUUCCCACCCUGCCGCGGAGAGCCACGCUGCAGAAUCUGCCCUGGGCGCCUGGAACAUGGGACCGCGCAGCCGUUGCCUCCAGAUCUGGCAGGACUGCCCCUUGCCGCGGAGAGCCGCGCGGCGCAGAGUUGACGUCGCGCUGGUUGCGCCAGUGGAGCUGGUCGUGCCAGUCGCGCCGGCCACGCCGGUCGAGCCAGUCACGCUG